GGUGCUUUUUGCACAUAAUAGAACGAAGCUGAAAAAUGCAAACAAGACAUGUAUUGACGUUUUUUAUCUAAGUUAGCUGUGUGCUUUUCCGCUAUACUAAUUUACCGACACGGCCCUCUACGCCUUAUCAUUCCUUAUCAACUACCUUUCGUCCAUGCAUGAAAAUUGCUUAAUUCUAAUCUAUUUCUACAGCUGUAGCAUGAACGCAGCAUUUUGUUCAGCUAGCAUUAGCUCUUCCUGCAGUGCUAUGAGUUGAGCACGACUAAAGUGCUGGGAAUGCAGCCACCACUCCCACCUGAGGCAGUAAGAGAGCUGGUGUGCUCCUGUCUGCACAGAGAUCCAGUAGCAGCAGACCUCCGCUGCAGCCUGUUUGUUGCCGCUGCACAGAACUACAAGAGGGACUCUUUGCUCAGACCCUUUCCCCCUAGAUACAUAAGUGGUGACAAUAAGGACUUUGAGGAGCUGUUGGCAGAUGUGCAUUCUUUGCCUGGUGUGAGGGAGCUGGUGAGACUACGACCCAGAGAGGGAGAUCAUCAUCUGGCUCUCGCACACUGGAUUCUCUCUUCAAAGAGCUUCGCUGUGAAGACAUUACAGAAAGAUGAGUAUGCCAAACUUUGUAACCUGACAGAAAAUGAAGGGAUUUCUGCACCUGUGCCAGACUUCCUGUUUGCGCUGGAGUACUGUGAUCAGAUGAACGCCAGGUUUGAGAAGAUGAGGGAAGGUAGAGAUGUCUUCUAUGCAUUCCACGGAAGCCGCCUGGAAAACUUUCACUCAAUCCUGCACAAUGGGCUGCACUGUCACCUCAACAAGAACUCAGUGUUUGGAGAGGGGACCUACCUUACCAGUGACCUCAGCAUGGCUGUCCUCUACAGUCCCCACAGCAGCGGCUGGCGAGAAAGUCUCCUGGGUCCACUGCUCAGCUGUGUUGCCUUGUGCGAAGUCAUUGAUCACCCAGAUGUGAAGUGCCAGGUGAAAAAAAAAGAUUCUGAAAAUAUUGACCGGCAGCGCUCAAGAGCAAAGAACAGCGAAGGAGGGGACGUACCGGAGAAGUACUUUGUAGUCACCAAUAAUCAGCUUUUGCGAGUCAAGUACCUGCUUGUUUACUCUCAGAGGAGGCACCUGUCCAGACGUUCCCGCAGCACAUCCUGGCUCCUCAGGCACCAUUUUGCCGUCAUGAUGAGUCUCUACCUUCUGCUGCUCAUAUUCAUCGGUGCCUUUAACUCCAACACCUUUGUAUCCUUUUGGAACAGACUGUUCAGGUGACGAGUCGACAGGACAGACGUUCUGGAUGUUGUCCCCCGUGCCUUCCUGAUCACAGACUGACUGGAGGCUUGAGCAAAGAUAAAGUUUUAUGCACCUUUUAUACUGUUUUCUCUCUACAGUUGUUCUUUAUUUGUAAAAAUCAAACGGUUAAUAAGACAAUGCUGCAUUUCGAAAAUGUUAUGCAAUUUUUUUAUCUGUCAUUUGUUUGGUUUAUUAAAUGCCGUUUUUUUCCCCGAAAAAGAGAACACAGUCUUACAAAUCAAAGGGUUAAAAGAUAAAAACAGCAAAGGGUCAAGCAUCAUUUUUUUCUUAACGUCUUUUUUUAGUUUGUUAGGUCUUCAGUUCUUAGACAUAUUAGCACAUUAACGGAUCGCGUUGACUUAUUAGUUCCAGUGACUCCUGAUCUGUUGAUCAGGCACUAAUGACAGUGUCCCAGUUUAAAUUCUCCCUUUGUCAUGUUCUGAUUUUGUGUGACUCCGUUAUCUGUAGGGACCUUUUAUAACCCAUUAUUUAAGUGUAACUUUAAGGUAUUAAAUAUAAGGUUUAAUAAAGGAAAAACAUAUGAGGUUAUAAAUACAUGCAUUUGGAUCACAAAAAGGCUACUGAUAACCUCAUUUAUAAUAAUUUCAGAUAUGCUUUUAAUAAAUUGUGUAUUCACUAAAAGGCAACACAUUCUGAUUAAAUGAAUUGUUACAAUUUUUGACACCAAUAAAACACUACUUUUUAA